UAACUGGGGAGUGCGAGGUUCUAUGCCACUUGUGUACAGCCGUCUCAGCGCGCAACACGCGCUUCUCUCACACCAGUGUUACAGUGCACUAAUCGAACUCUUUCGGACUAAUCCAACUUGCAGCAAUGAACAUUUCAAUGCAUUUGGCGGUAGCUGUGGCGGCGGCGGCCUGUCUGUGCGUGUGCGCAGCGGCACCUGAGAAUCGACUCGCGCGCACCAAACAACAACGCCCCACCCGCGGCUUCAAGAACGUCGAGAUGAUGACCGCCAGGGGAUUCGGCAAGCGAGACAGGCCACACACUCGGGCUGAGCGGGACGUAGAGCAUCAAGCGCCGACGACCCGCUCGCACCGCGGCACGCCCACCUUUAAGAGUCCCACUGUUGGGAUCGCAAGAGAUUUCGGUAAAAGAGCUCCGGAAUUGGACGCAGAAGACCAGGACAGCUAUGACUCCCACGCUCGCAGGAAGUUUAACCCCAAGAGCAACCUCAUGGUCGCCUACGACUUUGGCAAAAGGAGUGGUAAUGAUGACGUUACUGAUGAAGAGGAAGAAAUUAGAGUGACCAGGGGAACUUUUAGACCCAACUCAAACGUACUUAUCGCCAGGGGUUACGGGAAAAGGGCCCCUUUGCCAAAGAACGAUCGAGUGUACGGUUUGGACAACUUCUGGGAGAUGCUGGAGGCUACACCUGAGAGGGAAGGACAAGAGAAUGACGAGAAGACUUUGGAAAGCAUUCCUUUGGACUGGUUUGUGAACGAGAUGCUGAAUAAUCCAGAUUUCGCGCGAUCUGUGGUCCGCAAGUUCAUUGACCUCAAUCAGGACGGCAUGCUAUCAUCGGAGGAGCUGUUAAGGAACGUCGUUUAAAUACACAUUUAGUUAAUUACUAUUACAUGAGAACCCUAUCAUUUGAUCUGUAACUGCAUGCAAAGUAAAUAUAUGAAUAUAUAUCAUUACAAAUACUUGUAUAGUCUAUUUAUCGUUCAGUUUACAGGACUUGUAACGUUACUGUGAUAUCAUAUUAUUAUCUUCGCAUCCAAAAAAUAUAAAAAAAAUCAACCUCAGUUCUAUUAAAAGAUAAUUUUAAGAGCGGUAUUGUUGUUCGGAAUUUACGAUUGUUGUAAAUAAUUUAAAGUAUAAUGUCGAUGGCAUAAGAAUUAUCUGUCCAUAGCGAUACUCUUUAUAUCUAAAAAUGUAGAUUAAUAUUCGUUGUUGUAACUGAAAUAUUUUCCUUUCUAUGUGUGCCACUUUCAAAAUUUAUGACGUCAUACCUACUUGCUUAGGUAUCUACGAGCGCACUUCCAAAUUUCCAUUUAGUACAAACGCCCUCACUCGUCGGUGUCAGGUACAAUCGACGAAUUAUCCUCUGCACUAAAUGAGAUUUGGAGGUUUGCAGUCAGACACAAUUAUAACAGCAAUGUUCUAAGAUCAAAGUAAAUUAAGAGGUACAAGACUAAAAUGUAUUUUAAUGUUAGACAUUAUUUAAAGUUUCAGUAAACAUGUUUCAAUAUCGUCUCGUUUUAAUGUGAUUUUUAAUUUAUGUAAGGGGAAAGGCAAAUAUAACGAUCUAUUAAUGUAUGUUCUACGAUUAUAUCUAGGCUGGGUCAUACAGUAUCCUAUUCAUGUCAAUUUCAUAGUUGAAAUUAUAAGAGUUAGUGAAUUCUGUCGUUUAACACUCACUCUACAUACAUACAUGUAAUUUAUACUGUAAUGGAUAUAAUAAAAAUAUUUUUAGGGGGUAAAAUAUUCGAAAAAUGGAUGUUUGGAUACCCAUUAUUUGAUUAGUUCGUUGUUAAUUACCACUGUCGACGUUAUGGAUAAAUAAAUAUAUCGGGUAUCGAU